GGGUUUGGAACUUUGAUUUUCCCCUUCCUCUCAACGGAAUUGAAAUAUUGGUUCCUGCGCAUCACCAGGAACCAAAAAACACAACAUAUUACAUAAUAAUAAUUUCAAAAAGAAAAGAAAUAUAUAAAUAAUGAGAGCGGCCGCCGCAUUAUUAUCAUGUCGGAGUAGUCUGGUGUUGGCCGUGGUUUCACUCCUCGCGGCCGCCUCCGCGCUGGAAGGCGGCCCACGGAGCGUCACCUACGACCACAAAUCUUUGAUCAUAAACGGGACACGGGAACUGAUCUUCUCAGGCUCCGUUCACUACCCGAGGUGCCCCGCGGAGACGUGGCCGGAGAUCAUAAGGAAGGCGAAAAAGGGAGGGCUGAACACGAUUCAGACGUACGUGUUCUGGAACGUUCACGAGCCCGAGGAAGGGAAGUUCGACUUCGAAGGGAAUAAUGACCUUGUGAAGUUCAUAAAGGUGAUAGGGGAGCAGGGGAUGUUUGUGACCCUUAGGGUGGGUCCUUACCUUGAGGCUGAAUGGAACUUUGGAGGGUUCCCCUACUGGCUUAGGGAGGUCCGUAACAUCACCUUCCGUUCUUAUAAUCAGCCUUUUAUGUACCACAUGAAGAGAUUCACCCAAAUGGUCAUUGAUUUGAUGAAAAGGGAAAAACUUUUUGCUCCUCAAGGAGGCCCCAUCAUUUUGGCUCAGAUAGAAAACGAGUAUGGCAAUGUGCAGCUCGCAUAUAGAGAUGAUGGGAAGAAAUAUAUUAAUUGGGCAGCAGAUAUGGCUGUGGGUUUGUAUAAUGAAAUCCCAUGGAUCAUGUGCAAGCAAAAGGAUGCCCCAAACAGUGUGAUCAGCGCGUGCAACGGAAGGCAUUGUGCGGACACAUUCCAAGGAUCUAAUGGGGCAAACAAGCCUUUGCUGUGGACGGAGAACUGGACGGCUCAAUACAGGGUUUUCGGAGACCCGCCAUCCCAAAGGGCAGCGGAAGAUAUCGCCUUCUCCGUUGCACGCUUCUUUGCCACCGGCGGUAGCCUCGUCAACUAUUACAUGUACUAUGGUGGGACGAGUUUCGGGAGAACAACCUCGUCCUUCGUCACCACCAGAUACUAUGACGAAGCCCCCCUUGAUGAAUUUGGUCUCAAGAGGGAACCUAAAUGGAGCCACCUUAGAGAUGUCCACAGAGCUAUUAAAUUGGCUAAGAAACCCAUUCUCUGGGGAAAUCGAUCUGUUGAAAAGAUAACAGGCGAUCUUGAGAUCACAGUUUUUGAGAAUGAAGAAAUGAAACUUUGUGCGGCCUUCUUGACAAACAACAACACAAAGAACUCGGCUUCGGUUAGCUUCCGAGGCCGGAAUUAUCAUCUGCCGGAAAAAUCCGUUAGCAUUCUCCCGGAUUGCAAGACCGUCGUUUAUAACACUCAAACGAUAGUUUCACAACACAAUGCCAGAAACUUCCACCCUUCCAAAAUAGCAAGGAAUUUGAAAUGGGAGAUGUUCCAAGAGCCCAUACCUAGCUUCGAUGAGUUGCCGAUAAAGAACCAGGUCCCGCGCGAAUUCUAUAGCUUAACGAAAGACACCUCCGAUUACGCCUGGUACAGCACUAGAAUUCAUUUUAAUCGCCGUAACUUGCCGAUGCGGAGCGACAUCCAUCCAGUUCUCCAGGUUGCAAGUCUUGGCCAUGCAAUGCUUGGGUUUGUCAAUGGCGAAUACGUUGGAUUCCACCAUGGGAGCAACAUUGAGAAGAGCUUUGUGUUGCAGAAGCCCGUCAGCCUGAGGCCAGGGAUUAAUCACAUCUCGCUCUUGGGCGAAACGGUCGGGCUUCCAAACAGCGGAGCCUACAUGGAGAAGAGGUUUGCCGGGCCACGAGUAGUGACACUCCAAGGCUUGAUGGAUGGGACCCUGGAUAUCACCAUGAAUGCCUGGUCUCAUUCCGUAGGUCUCUUGGGUGAGAAACUUCGGCUGUUUACGGAUGAGGGUGCCGCUAAUGUAACAUGGUCUCCAUUGUCCAAAACAUUGAAGCCCCUCACUUGGUACAAGACAUACUUUGAUGCACCGGAAGGGAAAAACCCGGUGGCAUUGAGGAUGGAGAAGAUGGAGAAGGGUAUGAUCUGGGUUAACGGAAGGAGCAUCGGUCGGUAUUGGGUCUCUUUCCUCUCCCCGGUCGGGCAACCGACCCAAUCCGAGUACCACGUCCCGAGAGCGUUCCUGAGACCGAAAGGCAACUUGCUGGUUGUUUUGGAGGAAACCGGAGGGAACCCGGAGACGAUAAGGGUGGAGACGGUGAACCGCGACACGAUAUGCAGCAUCGUGCCGGAGUACGCCCCUCCGCACGUGAAGUCGUGGGAGAGGAACGGGGACGAGUUCCGGCCCGCGGUGGAGGAGCUCAGGACGGGCGCACGACUGAGAUGCACCGAGGAUAAGAUCAUCAAGAGGAUCGACUUCGCCAGCUUUGGAGACCCGGAAGGCGCUUGCGGGAGCUUGUACGAAGGGAACUGCACGUCAACCAACGCCCGCGAAAUUGUUGAGAGGGAGUGCCUGGGGAAGCGCCGGUGCACUGUUCCGGUGGACAGAAAUAGGUUCGUGGAGGACGAUGGCAUCGGGAAGGGCCAAUGCGGCGGGCACAUCUACAAGACUCUGGCUAUCCAGGCUAGGUGCGGACGGGAUCUGGAGUAAUUGUUAGCUAAUCACAUCACUAAUGUCCCAAAUAAACACUUGUCAAAACCAAAUAUUGAUAUGAGGAUAAGAAAAGAAUAGAAUUUAA